AUCUGCUGCAGCAUCACCAGUCGAACCACUCCCAGUCAGCUCCCAGCUCCCCGUCACCGUUCAACCCGGCGUGUCCAGCACCGCCAUGAACCCAAUCGCAAUCUCCACGCCAUAAUGCGACCACCACGAUGUCUCCUCCCCGCCGCGGAGAAGAUCCUCCUCAAAGCAGCUGCACCCGCCAGCCGACGGUGCAUGUCCUCGUCCGCAGCCUUCCAGCCGCCUAGAAUAGUCGCUGCCACUCCAUGGAAGGGGUCUUCGUUUUUCCUCUCGAAUAGAUUGUUUGAUAGAUCGACAUGUCUCGAUUUUGUAAUAUUACGGCGUGCCAAUGGCAUUAGAUCCACGUCGGCUUCGGCGGCUACGAUAUCUUCUACGAAUACUGCGCAGACGGAGCCGGAACAGGAACUAGCACCUCAUCGAAGACGACAGGCUCAACGGAGAGAGAAAGCCGCGGCUGAAGCUGCGGCCGCUGCAGCUCGCGGCGAAAAACCACUACCUCCAGAUGCUUCAUCCCUCCUCGCUUCACACGCCGCUUCGCAAACGAGUUCUUUCCGACGCUACCUCUCCGCAUGUCUCUCUCUCUCAAAACCCCGAUUAACAAUGCUCGUCGUCCUUACCGCUAUGGCUACAUACGCUUUAUACCCCGUUCCCGAAAUGCUGUCGCCGAGUACUACCGAGACACCGAGUUUGAGUCCUUUAACAUUAUUAUUCCUCACGAUUGGCACGACGCUAUGUUCUUCUAGCGCCAAUGCUCUAAACAUGCUUUAUGAGCCUUCGACGGAUGCUAAGAUGACUCGAACUCGAAACCGACCGCUCGUGCGAAAACUCAUCUCUCAAAGGGCUGCGGUUCUGUUCGCAGUCUUGUCUGGAGUUUUGGGUACAGGCGCCUUGUACUUUGGUGUCAACCCCACUGUUUCCGGACUUGGGUUCGCCAAUAUUGUUAUCUACGCUGGAAUGUACACACCUCUCAAGGCCGUAACGGCUUUCAAUACCUGGAUCGGAGCGGUGGUAGGUGGCAUUCCUCCUCUGAUGGGCUGGGCUGCGGCUGCUGGCGAGACUGCCACAAAAGACGGUUCAUGGCGUGAGCUUUUAUUCUCCCCCGACGGUUCAUCCAUUGGCGGCUGGGUCAUGGCUGGUCUGUUAUUCGCAUGGCAAUUCCCCCACUUCAUGGCGCUCAGCUGGCCCAUUCGCGAAGAGUACAAAAAGGCCGGUCUUCGAAUGCUAGCAUGGACAAAUCCCGCACGAAACGGCCGAGUCGCUCUGCGUUACAGCUUCGUCUUCAUUCCCCUCUGUGUAUCUCUCUGCGCCGCAGGAGUAACCGAGUGGUCCUUCGCAGUAACAAGUUUACCAAUAAAUGCCUGGCUUAUCAAAGAAGCCGUGCGCUUCUGGCGGUACGAGGGUCACCAGGGCAGCGCGAGAAGCCUUUUCUGGGCCAGUGUAUGGCAUCUCCCUGGCAUUAUGAUCCUGGCUUUGUUACACAAGAAGGGAAUGUGGAGCAGAGUCUGGAGGAGUGUUUUUGGCGAAGAGGAGGGAGAGUGGGAGGAGGAGGAACUGGAUGAGAUGAUGGGCAUGGCUGCGGAGAGUGCAAAUAGCCAGUUGCAGCACGAUAAGCCUGUGCGGUGACGUGUAGGAUAACGAAUGAAUAUGUAACAACAAUUGUAUCUGUGACGGGAAAUAGAUUUGCCGCAUUUGGCUUUGUCAACUGUAAGAAACUCACUCAUACAUCACAACUGUAGAUUCUGUGAAUAGAAGAAGGACAUGAAA